UGUGCAGUGUUGACAACGGUUGAGAGCCAUCGCUAUUACUUGACACUCGUCCCUCUCAGCAAUAUACGUCGUCCACGAUGCGCUUCACUUUAUCGGCCCUCAGUUUGUUUGUUCUUGUUGGGUUCGUGCAUUCCAAUUCACUUCCAAACCUAUUUCAACGUAACAGUGCUGAUCAGCCGACCAUUUCAAUCGUCGGUGGAGUCCCGGCGGCCGCUGGUGAAUUUCCUUAUUUGACUGUUUUGAGCUUGGGCCAAAACCUUUGUGGUGGAUCCCUGAUUGGACAGUCCCACAUCCUGACUGCGGCUCAUUGCGUUCAAAGUUUUACUGCCGCUGACGUGAGCACAUUCUUUGCGGACAUCAACACGUUGUCAAUCAACGGCGGCGGAACUGGCUCUGUCUUUAGAGGAGUGAAGAAAUUCAUCAUUCAUCCCUCAUACAAUACCAACACACAAAAUAACGAUAUCGCUAUGCUGAUAUUGGAUUCGCCAGUUACAACUGUCAAUUUUGUUGCGCUACCAUCCGAUAAUGCAACAACUCUUGCUCCCACCACUAUAAAAACAACGACGACUUCUAACGCACAACAACGACUUCCAAACCCACAACAACAACUUCUAGACGCACAACAACGACUUCUAGACCCACAACAACGACUAGACCCACAACAACGACUUCUAGACGCACAACAACAACUUCUAGACCCACAACAACGACUUCUAGACGCACAACAACGACUCCUAAGCCAACCACAGCCAAAUCUGUGACGUCGGCCAAAGCAACGGUAUCCACCACCAAAAAACCUGCACUUCUAAGAGCUUUCAGUACUUAUUCGAACCAGUUGGCCACCGUUGCCGGAUGGGGAACAACAUCUUCAGGAGGUAGCGUUUCGAGCGUACUGCUGAAAGCAAACGUCACUAUUCAAGACAAUACAGUUUGCGCUUCGCAAUACGGAAAUUUUGUUGGCGCUAACAUGCUGUGCGCCUCUGCUCCUGGUAAAGAUACCUGCCAGGGUGACAGUGGUGGCCCGAUCCUUGUUAACGGAGUCCAAGUUGGCAUCACCUCCUUCGGCAAUGGCUGUGCUGAUCCUAAAUAUGCCGGUGUCUACACCAGAGUCUCGACUUACCUUGGCUGGAUUCAGACCACCAUGUCCAAUAAUCCAUAAAAAUAAUUGGCUAUUGACACUGUCAUUAUAUUGGUUUUAGACAACUGAACGGUUAACCAAUCCAACUAUCGGUCCAUCGGUUACCAAAAUGUUAAUGGAUUUCAUAUGUUACUGGAUUUUUUAUUACUGCCUGGGAAUAAAAUAAAGCAUAAUACAUUUUAUUGGUCAAAUAA